AAAAAAUGAAAAACAAUUCAUCACAGUUCUUUAUUCGCUACCGAUUCAAGAAGCAGAAAUUUGGUAAUUGACAUGAAUAUUCCCGUUUUUAUUUUUUAUUGCCUUGUUCCUGGUCUGGUCGGUUCACUACAAGAUGAUACUGCACGUUGCGGCUACAAUAAAUGUCAUCCAACAAAAGAGGGCUUUAUUAAUGUACACCUGGUGCCCCACUCCCACGAUGACGUCGGUUGGUUGAAGACGGUGGAUCAAUAUUAUUACGGAAGCCAAGACUCCAUCCAAGUGGCUGGAGUGCAAUAUAUCAUCGACACUGUCACCGAAGCGCUGCGAAAAGACUCAGACAGGAGGUUCAUCCAAGUUGAGACCGCGUUCUUUUCGAAAUGGUACACGAAGCAGUCCGCGGACACCCAAGCCGUCGUAAAACAGAUCGUUACCGACGGACAACUGGAAUUCGUUGGAGGGGCUUGGAGCAUGAACGAUGAAGCCACUACUCACUACCAGUCAAUUAUAGACCAGUUUAGCUGGGGACUUAAGCAACUGAACGAUACAUUUGGAAAAUGCGGUCACCCCAAAGCUGGGUGGCAGAUCGACCCUUUCGGCCACAGCAAAGAAAUGGCAUCAUUGUUCGCCCAAAUAGGUUACGAUGCUUUCAUCCUCGCGAGAACUGAUUUUCAGGAUCGACAGCUUAGAGAAUCGACCAAGACUAACCAUAUGGUGUGGCGAGGAAACGUCGACUUAGGGGAAUCAACCGAUAUUUUUACACAUAUAUUGUACCACGAUCGCUACGGUUCGCCAGAUUGGUUUUGCUUCGACUCGCUAUGCACUGAUCCCCCAUUCAUAGACGACCCCGAAAGCUACGACUAUAACGUGGAUCAAAAGCUGGAGUUAUUUUUCGACGAAAUCGCACAGCGCGUCGAUGUAUCGCCCACGGACCACAUUCUCAUACCUAUAGGUGCAGAUUUCACUUUCCAGAACGCGGAAAAGUCGUUCACCAACAUCGACCGGCUGAUUUACCAAGCCAACAUCAAGCAAUCUAACGGCUCGCGAUACAAUCUUCUUUACUCAACCCCAUCGUGUUACGCGCGGUCUAUAUCCGAAGAUGAGGUUGGAAAACUAGGUUUCCCAAUGAAACGGGACGACUUUUUUCCCUACGGUACAGGACCGGAAGCAUACUGGACCGGUUAUUACACCUCCCGUCCAACGUUCAAAAGAUUGGAGAGGAUAGGCAACAACUUCUUGCAAGUGUGCAAGCAGCUUAGUGCGUUAAGCUCCUUCGAAUACGACGACGAAAUCGACGAACUCAGGUCUGCAAUGGGAAUUUUACAACAUCACGACGCCAUAACGGGGACUGAGAAACAACAUGUGGCGAACGACUAUAUAAGGCACCUUCAGAAAGGUAUUGAUAGGUGCCAACAAGUGACGACGUCUUCGCUAAACAAAUUAUCUGGUGUUGCGAAUGAAGGGAAUUUCGAAACAUGUUUCCUGACCAAUGUGAGUCAAUGUGCAACAACGGAGCGCCUUGAUGAUUUUGUAGUGACGGUCUACAAUCCUCUGAGCAGACCUGUUACGAAAUAUGUUAGAUUGCCUGUUACGGGCACCAACUACACCGUAAGAAACGGUAAAGGUGACGGUCUUGCUGUUCAAUUGAACCCGAUUCCGGACGAGGUAUUAGUGACUCCCGGACGAGACAGCAACGCGACUUUGGAAUUAAUAUUCGUUGCCGAGGAUAUCCCUGCUUUGGGUUUCAAGAAAUAUUACGUUUCGAAAUCAAACGGCAGCAACGUCGUCCAAGCUGGCCGUACUAAUUCUAUUGAUUACGAGCACUUGGAAGUGGCGCUCGAUGAAUCUGCUGGUAUCGUGUCGUGGAUAAACUUCGACGGCUUCAAUUUGUCGAUAUCCCAAGAUUACUACAAGUAUCCUGGCAGAUCGUAUGCCGCAAAUACCGACAACUCGCGUUCCUCCGGAGCUUAUAUUUUUCAGCCGGCAGGGGAAAUACAAAAAGUGUCUGAUAAAACCGCGUUUAAAACAUACGUGGGCGAACUGGUAUCGGAAAUUCACCAAACUUUCAGCGAUUACGUCAGUCAGGUAAUCAGAAUUUACUCCCUAGAAAACUUCGUGGAGUUUGAAUGGCUCGUUGGACCCCUCGAUCAGCUGUCUCUUCAGCCGGGCGGGUACGAAGUCGUCAGCGUCUUUACGACCGAUUUAAGCACGAACUCUACCUUCUACACGGAUUCGAACGGCAAACAAAUGUCGAAGAGGAUAAAAAAUUUUCGACCCACUUUCAAAUGGUCGAUCGACGAUUCCGUUGCUCCCAACUACUAUCCCGUUACAUCGAAAAUUCUCAUAAGAGAUCCAGAAAAAGAGGCACAAUUAACAGUCCUAAACGAUAGACCACAAGGUGGCUCUAGUGUCCGCGAUGGGGAAUUGGAACUCAUGGUCCACAGACUUUGUGUCAGUGACGAUGGUCUAGGAGUGGCAGAAGCAUUAAUCGAAACUGCUUUCGAUAAAAGAUUGGUAGUUAGAGGUUCCCAUUACGUUGUAGCGGGAAAGAUAGGUGGCGCCAUCACUGAGCUGGAGAAGGACAUAACCCAUAGAAAGCACUUAGAUUCUUGGAUAUUUCUCUCGUCAACCGACGACCUUAGCUUUGAAAAUUAUAUCGACCAGCACCUGAUGGAGUUUUCCGGGUUGAGUAAGUCGCUGCCCUCGAACGUACGCAUUCUCACUCUGGAGCCAUGGAGAGAAAUGGUUUUUCUGUUACGACUAGAACACAUCUUCGACGUGAGCGACGCCUCCAACUUCAGUCAAACAGUGACUGUUGACUUGAAGGACGUUUUUUCGACAUUUGACAUUUACUCGCUAAGAGAAACGACGAUAGGCGCCAACAAUUGGGCUGAAGAUAACGAGAGGCUCCAGUUUGCUCUAAAUGGAACCUUAGAGGAGUUAGUUGACGAAAGCGGAUUAUCGGAUUAUGAAAAACACGCCAAGAAAUUAUGGGAGUUUGACGAAUCGGUUAACAUGGCGUUUGAAGCACAGUUGCUCCAAGACGAUUUGGAUAAUUUACAAGUCGUUUUAACUCCGGGCCAGAUUCGCACGUUUGCGAUAGAAAUCAACUCAAAAUCAGGUUACUGAUGACCUGCCCUUCACUACCUCUAAACGGCUUCCAAUCAAUU